AUGGCCUCGGCGCUGCGGAAGCUGUUUCUCCCGAAACCAGAGCCAACCUCGCCAGAGGGAAGCUCUCACGAUGCCAGCACCAUCGCAGAAGGGUCUGCCGAGCCAGACUCCAAAGCUCCUGCCGAAGCAGCCAUCACUCCGUCCCCCGUUGAGGAGCAGCAACCCAACGAGCACGCCCAGGAUGGAGUCACUCAGGCUGAAGCCAUCACCUUGGUGUGGACCAAGACGUCGUUGGGCGCUGCCUACAUCCUGCAAGUCCCCCACCCAGCCUGA